AUGAGGAACCACACAGAACUGACUGAGUUCAUCCUGCUGGGAAUCCCACAGACCCAGGGAGUAGAGAUGGUGCUCUUUCUCUUCUUCCUCUUCAUUUACCUCUUCACCCUGAUUGGAAACUUACUCAUCCUGACAGCAAUUGUUACCUACUCAACCCUUCACACCCCCAUGUACUUCUUUCUAGGAUUCCUGUCCAUAUUUGAUAUAGUUUUGCCAUCAGUGACCUGCCCUAAGAUGCUGUUCUAUCUCUCUGGCCAGACCAGAGCCAUUUCUUACAAAGGCUGUGCCACACAGAUCUUCUUCUAUCAUUUCUUGGGAGCUACUGAAGGCUGCCUCUAUUCAGUGAUGUCCUAUGAUCGCUUUGUGGCCAUCUGUCACCCCUUAAGGUAUUCACUCAUCAUGAGACCUGAAGUCUGUGUGGGUUUGGUCAUAGCAGCCUGGACUCUGGGCUGUGUUCAUGCCUCCAUCCUGACUGCGUUCACUUUUAGACUGACUUACUGUGGCCCAAACCACAUUGACUACUUCUUCUGUGACAUCCCUGCUGUCUUGCCCUUGGCCUGUGAUGAUAUCUCGCUGGCCCAGACUGUAGGUUCCAUAGCUGUUAGCUUUCUGGCUUUGCUGUUUUGGUGCACUAUUUGCAUCUCCUACAUGCGCAUCGGGAUUGCCAUUUUGAGAAUCCGCUCUGCAGAGGGCAGGAAAAAAGCCUUCUCAACCUGCAGCGCCCAUCUCGCUGCGAUCCUUUGUGCCCUUGGACCAAUCAUUAUCAUCUAUCUGCAGCCCACACCCAACCACCUGGUGGAUGCCAUAGUACAGAUAUUUACUAAUAUUAUCUCUCCUAUGCUUAACUCGUUGAUCUAUUCCUUAAGAAACAAAGAUGUAAAAACAUCCCUGAAAAGAGUAUUUCACAAAAUAACGCUUACUCCUCAAGAAUAA